GCGAGAUUAUACGAGAUCGAAAGGGCACCUGUGGAAACAGGCAAACCAAGAUCACUGAGAGGGCUACCUCUUCGUUUAUUUUUCGUGCAAUAAUAGCUAUUUGGGGCUGAUCAAACCGGCCUCAUGGCAGAAAUCAGGCAAAGAAAUGUGACAAGUGCAGAGCAGCCGGCAGAGGCCACGUCCGAUGCUGCUAAGCGGGAGGAAGAGGAGGAUGAGGCCUUGCCGCCGGAUCUGUCUGGAGAUAAACUAGCCCAAGCUUCUGACAAGACAACCGAAGCUCUCGAUUCAGCUCUCAAAGAUCUCACUCCAAGGUGGAGGAACUGGGUGAUACGAGGUAUAUUCACAUGGUUGAUGAUCUUCGCAUUUGCAUUCAUCAUCUACCUUGGACCUCUCGCACUGGUUCUCUUGGUAAUGGGAAUCCAGAUUAAAUGCUUCCAUGAAAUUAUCACCAUUGGCUAUGUGGUGUACAAGUCCUAUGAGCUGCCAUGGUUUCGAACACUCAGCUGGUACUUCCUGUUUGCUUCCAACUACUUCUUUUAUGGCGAGAGUCUUAUUGAGUACUUUGGAGUUCUACUUUCAAGAACGGAGUUCCUGAGUGCGUUUGUGACUUACCAUCGAUUCAUCUCAUUCUCCUUGUAUGUCGCCGGCUUUGUUGGCUUCGUGUUCAGUCUCGUCAAGAAACACUACCUCAAGCAGUUCACGCUGUUUGGCUGGACCCACGUGACGCUGCUGAUCGUAGUGACCCAGUCCCAUCUUAUCAUCCAGAACAUAUUUGAGGGCCUUAUAUGGCUGCUUGUUCCCACAUCGAUGAUCAUUUGUAACGACAUCAUGGCCUAUAUGUUUGGAUUUUUCUUCGGAAAGACUCCCCUCAUUAAACUGUCACCCAAGAAGACAUGGGAGGGCUUUAUAGGUGGCGCCCUCGCAACUAUCAUAUUUGGCAUUCUUUUGUCAUAUGCACUUGUGCAGUUUGACUUCUUCGUUUGCCCCAUCCACUACGACGACGUGAAGGGGGCGCUGUCGAUGGAGUGUGAGAGAAAUCCAGUGUUCAGGAUCACAGAGUACAACCUGCCAGAAACCAUCCGAGGACUCUUUUCCCUGGCCCAGAUUCCAUGGACCAGCAUCAAGAUCUACCCCUUUAUCCUCCAUUCAGUUGCACUGUCCAUGUUCGCCUCCGUCAUCGGACCAUUCGGGGGAUUCUUCGCAAGUGGUUUCAAGAGGGCUUUUAAAAUCAAGGACUUUGGUGACACAAUCCCUGGGCAUGGCGGCAUCAUGGACCGGUUUGACUGUCAGUUCCUUAUGGCUACAUUUGUACAUGUAUACCACUUCAGUUUUAUCAGAAUCCCCAACCCACAGAAGUUGCUGCAGCAUGUGUUGAUGCUGAAGCCCCAUGAGCAGCUGCAGGUGUUCAACCUUCUGCGGGAUCGACUUGCCGAGCGUGGAAUCCUCAACGCCACACACUUAUUGUGAUCCUUGCUUCAAGAGAAUCUUCAACAUGUUGUUAUUUAUUGUUUCAUAAUAUAUACAAGUGUCUCAUUAGUUGGAUUUGGAGGAAUUUACAAUUAAAGCCUUUUUAUGAAGAUUUAUCCACUGGUAAUUGAUGUAUGUGGCAUUGAUUAUAACAGUAGAUGACUGAUUUUUUUCCAAACAUAUAAAUGGCAUAAAUUUAUAAGGAAAUAACAUUUUGAUAGUACUGUUAAAAUUAUCUAAGAUUUGAAUUCUUGAUGUAAGUAGAUGGAUGGUGUAUUCUGAGAUCCCAUCAUUUGAACACUUGUUUCAUCGACCAUAAAUUUUAUUGUUGUUUUAGUUGGAAAGUAUGUGAUGAAAGUCAGUGAAAGAGUAGUUUUAUGUGAUGAAAAUUUAUACAGAAAUAGAAAUUUUUACAAAUGGUUGAAAUCUCAAUUGCAUACUGAUGUUGGUGUUUUCUCUCAUGAAUUGUACAUAAUUAAACACAUAUUGCAAACAAGAGGUUCCAUUUCUGUAUGAGUUGAUGUAUGUCAGAUUUUAUCACAAGAUGUCCAUAAUGAAUGUCGUGAAAUAUUUAAAGGGGAUUUGUGUAUGAUGUUAUGACUGUGGAAAUAGAAGCAGACAAGAGUAGAUAUGUGGUUUACGUGGUGAAGGUAAAAGACUUUCACAAAGAUAAAUAUACUGCUCAAAAGAAGAACACUCGAUUUUUUCCUUUGACGAUAGUUUAUCUGAAAAAGUCAGGUGUUCCUUAACAUCUUUUGUUGAGUAUAUUUAAUAUUUUCUUAAAUGUCUGAAAAAUGAACACAUGUAUCACUAAGACAAAUAUAUGGCAUAUUUGGAUCUUCAAAUAAUAUGUGAUUCCAAACAUGUCUACAUUUAACAUGCAUGGCACAUGUAAGAGAUAAAAUGAUCAAAUAUGUUUCCGAAGGACACUUGGUCACUUGAACUGUGAUGAUUUGUUGAGUGAUUUUCUGCUAGAUAUGUCUUACUUUCACUCAAACCUUGUCUAUAACUUUAACAUAUUUGUUGUCGCUUCUUACCAGUUCCCCAAUAAUAUAUGUCAGGGGCGGAUACAGCAUUUUUAGAAAGGGGGGUGCAUACUAUUGAGAAAAGGGAGGGUGCACAUUUCAUUUUCACCCGAGUUUCAAUGGUCAUUUAAUAAAAUUUCUGAACAAAAGGGGGGGUGCGCACCCCUGCACCCCCCUUUCUGGAUCCGCCUAUAUAUAUAUAUAUAUAUAUAUAUCCUGUCAGGAAGAUGUCCAUAUUGACGAGGCUGUAUUGUGAUGGUUUCAGAGUUACCUCCCUUUGAAUGAACUUUGCAGUGAUAAAAAUGUGGGAUGACAUAUAUUUCAUAAUGUUGUAUCCAUUUAGAUGUAAUACAAAUUGUAUACAAUUAACUUGAGGAUACUGGGUUAAACACAAGUAUCUUACAAUUUGUAUAGUAUUGACUUUGAGGGCUUGGUAAACUAUAUUUUUUUUACCAGUGAAAUCAACUGGUAGUCUGACUAGGUCUAUAUUGUUAGGUCUAAAGUUACAUACUUGCUCCCCUACCAUUCCAGAUGCUAAAUCUAGGUGCAAGUUAAGGUGAUAUGAAACCUCAUUGGAUAAAUAAAUGCGCAGGAAGCCGUGAUUUAUGAAAAGUUCCUUCAUUAGGGACCAUUCAUAAUUUAUGGCUAGGGGGAGUGGUGAUGAUGUUUAUGGAGAAGCAUGUACAAUGUGAAUGACACACCCAAAAAAAAAUAAAUUUAUGUACAAAAUC